AUGGAGCUGACAGAGAACAGCUUUCCACGAGCCCUUUUUCGCCGUGGCCCCGUCGGCAUGUUGAGUGUGCGGCUCGUCUCGGGCGUCGAGUUGGUGAACUUUGCUGCGGCCGACUUCGAGGCACUGAUACAAGAUGGCGGCAACUCUGUGCGGACACUGAAGCGCCACCUCGCAUUGCUUACAGGAAAGCCACGAUUUCAGCAGCGCCUUCUUUGCGAUGGUAACGUCCUGGACGACUCCGAUCCCCUGUCGCUGCCUUCGUCGCUGCUUUUGGUGCUCGUGCCGUUCGCUGAGCCGGAGGAAGGGCAGCUGCUUAGGUUCAAGACGGCGGUGGAGAACAACGAUGCAAAGGUCGUGGAGGCUUUUCUACAGCGUCCGCAAGAUCCGGAGACUCGCCUGGAGCCAGGAAGCCUGCCGGGACUUGCAGUGGCAGCCCGGAAUGACUGUGCACGGCCCAUUCCGGUCUUGCUCGAAGCUCGUGCCAACAUCGAGCGGGUGCACAACAACGGCCUGACAGCCCUGCACAUCGCCAUCAACCUGGGUCACAUGGAGGCCGUGCGCUGCCUGGUGGCCUGCAGGGCGGAUCCGGAGAAGGCAACCAAGUCUGGCACAACGCCGCUGUGUGUAGCCUCUGUCCGUGGGCACCUUGACCUUGUGCGUGUUCUGGUGGAGGGGGGAGCAAACCUGAAGAAAGCGGAUCCUGGUGGCGCAAGUCCGCUUCACAUGGCGUGUUUUUUCGGCCAUUUCCAGCUCGCAAGGUGGCUGGUUCAGGCCGGGGCGGAGUGCCAUCGGCCGGAUCUCCGGGGUGCCACGCCGUUCCACAUCGCCUGCAGCAGCGGGGAGCUCAAGAUCGCACGCUGGCUGCUGACCCUCCGGGCGGAGGUGAACAAAACCUGCUCCGAUGGAUCAACAGCUCUGCUUUUGGCCUGCAGCCAUGGCUCAGCUGCUGUUGUGCGCCUGUUGCUCGAGAAUGGAGCUGACAUGACCAUGACGGACAGAGAGGGAACAUCGGCCCUCCACCGUGCAUGUUCAGACGGAUACCUGGAGAUUGCGCGAGUGUUGCUCGAUGCCGGCGACGACAUCGACAAGUCGAACAAGCACGGCUUAGGACCCCUUCAUUUGGCGUGCGCGCACGGCCACGUGAAUGUCGUGCGGACUCUUCUGUACCUGGGGGCCGAUAAGGACAAGCGCGACAGCGAGGGCUCUACACCGCUGCACGUGGGCUGCGUCAGCGGCCAUCUCGACGUCGUACGUUUGCUGGUGAAGCAUGGCGCCAACAAAGACGCAGAUCAGGAGGGCACGACGCCGGUAAUGAUGGCAAGCUCCUGUGGCCACCUGAAGGUGGUGCGGUUCUUGGUCCAAGCGGGCGCCGAUCCGAGAGGGAUCGCGCAGCUGCCAGAAAGGUCCAGUCCUCGCAGGAAGACCUGGCCGGUGCAAAGCUGGCUUCAGAACGGUCUUGGCAAAGUCACCACGAUGCUGAGCCAGACAUCUUGCACUGCCACUGCCAAAGAAGGAGGGGGAUAG